CUGAGCAGGUUCGGUUACCUGCCCUCCGCAGACCCUGCCACAGGGCAGCUGCAGACGCAAGAGGAGCUGUCAAAGGCCAUCGCUGCUAUGCAGAGGUUUGGGGGCCUGGAGGCCACCGGUGUGCUGGACGAGGCCACCCUGGCUCUGAUGAAGACCCCGCGCUGUUCCCUCCCCGACCUCCCCUCCGCAGCCCCCACACGACGCAGGCGCCAGGUCCCCACCCCGACCAAGUGGAACAAGAGGAACCUUUCCUGGAGGGUCCGGACAUUCCCACAGGACUCGCCCCUGGGCCGUGACACGGUGCGGGCACUCAUGUACUACGCCCUCAAAGUCUGGAGCGACAUCGCACCGCUUAACUUCCACGAGGUGGCGGGCAGCUCGGCUGACAUCCAGAUCGACUUCUCCAGGGCUGACCACAAUGAUGGCUACCCCUUCGACGGCCCUGGUGGCACUGUGGCCCAUGCCUUCCUCCCCGGCACCCACCACGCUGCAGGGGACGCCCACUUUGACGAUGACGAGGCGUGGACCUUCCGCUCCUCGGAUGCCGACGGAAUGGACCUGUUCGCGGUAGCUGUCCAUGAGUUUGGCCACGCCAUCGGAUUGAGCCACGUCGCCACCGCCCAGUCCAUCAUGCGGCCAUACUACCAGGGCCCGGUGGGUGACCCACUGCGCUACAGGCUGCCCUAUGAGGACCGCGUGCGUGUCUGGCAGCUGUAUGGUGUGAGAGAGUCUGUGUCCCCUACUGGACCCCCAGAGCCCGAGGAGCCACCUCCCCUGCCGGACCCACCUGACAACCGGUCCGUUGUCCUGCCGAGGAAGGACGUGCCUCACAGGUGCAGCGCGCACUUCGACGCAGUGGCCCAGAUCCGCGGAGAAGCCUUUUUCUUCAAAGGCAAGUAUUUUUGGCGGCUGACCCGGGACCGGCACCUGGUGUCGCUGCGGCCGGCGCAGGUGCACCGCUUCUGGCGCGGGUUGCCGCUGCACCUAGACAGCGUGGACGCCGUGUACGAGCGCACCAGCGACCACAAGAUCGUCUUCUUCAAAGGAGACAGAUACUGGGUGUUUAAGGACAAUAACGUAGAGGAAGGAUACCCGCGGCCCGUCUCCGACUUCAGCCUCCCGCCGGGCGGCAUAGACGCCGCCUUCUCCUGGGCCCACAAUGACAAGACUUAUUUCUUUAAGGACCACCUGCACUGGCGCUAUGAUGACCACCUGCGGCGUAUGGACCCCGGCUACCCUGCCCAGACUCCCCCGUGGAGGGGCGUCCCCGGCACGCUGGAUGACGCCAUGCGCUGGUCUGACGGUGCCUCCUACUUCUUCCGUGGCAAGGACUACUGGAAAGUGCUGGACAGUGAGCUGGAGGUGGCACCUGGGUACCCACAGUCCACGGCCCGGGACUGGCUGGUGUGUGGGGACCCGCGGGCCGGCAGCACGGAGGGCCCGGGCCCAGACCGUGAGGAUGGGGCCCGUGCCCGGCCGGGCCAGCAUGACCAGAGCCGUUCCGAGGACGGGUACGAGGUCUGCUCCUGCACCUCCCUUGCCUCCCAGCUGCCCAGGUUCCCAGGCACGUUGGUACGCGCGCUACUGCUGCUGCCGCCAUCAGUCUUCCUGUGGACAGUGGCCCAGGCCCCAUGA